CCCGCCCAGGGCGCGGCCUCCCGGCGGCGCGGGCCUUGCUCCCCGGCCGGGCUGUGCCACCCGUGCCGGGCUGCCCCGCCGCCAGCGAGGGCUGCGGGCCCGGCGCGCAGCUCGCCCGGGGGGAGGCAGGACAGCCCUGCGCUUAGAACGGGGAGGAGGCGGUUUCCCAGAGCACCGGGCGCUGCGGAGCCCCGAGAGAGUCCGUGUUCUACCUGCAGAGGAAACGCAGGUGUCGGGGUGGGCACGGAGCUGCUCGGCUCUGCCAGCCGACGUGCUGAGGCCAGCGAAGGGGUUCGCUCAGCACGCAGUGACAGAAGGCAGGUUCCCGAGGAGCGCGGCAGUACUCAAGUAAGCAUGCCUUAAGAAGAUAACUAUGGAUAAAUAUAUUAAAAUACGGAAGAUUGGAGAAGGAUCCUUUGGGAAAGCCAUACUUGUCAAAGCUAAAGAAAAUGGCCAACAGUACGUUAUUAAAGAAAUAAACAUCUCUAAGAUGUCAAAUAAGGAGAGAGAAGAAUCAAGGAGAGAAGUUGCUGUAUUGGCUAACAUGAAACAUCCGAAUAUUGUCCUCUAUAGGGAGUCAUUUGAAGAAAAUGGCUGUCUCUACAUAGUGAUGGAUUACUGUGAAGGAGGAGACCUAUUUAAAAAGAUAAAUGCCCAGAAAGGAGUCUUAUUCUCUGAAGAUCAGAUUCUGGAUUGGUUUGUACAGAUUUGUUUAGCACUAAAACACAUACAUGAUAGAAAAAUCUUGCAUCGGGACAUAAAGUCACAGAAUAUAUUUUUAACCAAAGAUGGAACAAUACAGCUGGGAGAUUUUGGAAUCGCCAGAGUUCUUAACAGUACUGCAGAGUUGGCUCGCACUUGCAUAGGAACACCAUACUAUUUGUCGCCUGAAAUAUGUCAGAACAAGCCUUACAACAAUAAAAGUGAUAUCUGGGCCCUCGGUUGUGUUCUCUAUGAAAUGUGCACACUUAAACAUGCGUUUGAAGCUGGUAACAUGAAGAACUUGGUACUGAAGAUAAUCUCUGGACCGUUUCCUCCUGUUUCUGUGCAUUACUCCUAUGACCUACGUAAUCUGCUGUCACAGUUAUUUAAAAGGAAUCCUAGGAAUAGACCAUCAGUAAACUCCAUAUUGGAGAAAAACUUUUUAGCCAAACGGGUUGAAAAAUUUCUCACACCAGAGCUUAUUGCAGAAGAAUUCAAUCACAAAAUUUUCCAGAAGUUUGGACCACAUGCUGCACCAGCUAAAAAACCAGGUCAAGAUCAAACACUGACUUCAGUUGCACCAGCUCAAAAAAUUACCAAACCUGCUGCAAAAUAUGGAGUGCCUUUAACUAUCAGGAAGUCUUGUGGUGCACCUAAAAAGCCUAAUGAGAAGAAGCCAUUGACUAAAUCUAGACAGGAACCUUCAAAAAAGAAAAGGUUAGAAUUGCCUGAAAAAGAAAAACGCCAGAGAGAGCAGAUCAGUUUACUGAAAGCAGAUGAAACGAGAAGAUUGGAAAAAGAAAGGAUGGAACGAAUAAACAGAGCCAGGGAACAAGGAUGGAGGAAUGUGCUUGGUUCAGGUGGAAGUGGUGUUAAGGCACCAUAUUAUGUCCGUGGAGGUGGUGUUGGUCCUUUGCCUGUGUCUUCCAGAGGACACUAUGAACACUAUCACGCUAUUUUUGACCAGAUGCAACAGCACAAGGAAAACGUUAGAGUAGCUGAACAGAGGGAAGCCAAAUUGAGGGCGAAACUACAAGACCGAGAAGUUGUUGAAAGAGGAAUUCCACCUGGAACACGUCCAGGAGUUCCUAGGGGACCUGCAGGUCAUCACCAUUUACCUGAGCUUGGUGCAGUUAGGAAAAAAGUGAAAAGAUUGAAGGAGGUGACUAAACAAGCCAGUGCAAACAGGCAAAAAGGAUGGAUAGCUACAGAUAGAGCAAAGCAAGUUGAAGAAUUCUGGCAGCGAAAGAGAGAAGCCAUGGAGAACAAAGCUCGAGCUCAGGGACACAUGGGUACACUGCAAAACGUGGCAGAUACCUAUGGAGGCAGGCCCGUUUCUGCAAGAGGAAGGAAAUCCAGAAACAAGGAGGAAGAGGAAUAUUUGGCAAGAUUGAGACAGAUCCGACUACAAAACUUUAAUGAACGCCAACAGAUUAGAGCAAAACUUCGUGGAGAGAAGAAUGAAGCUGCCAGUUCUGAUGGACAAGAAUCGAGUGAGGAAGCAGAACUGAAACGCAAAAAGAUAGAAACACAGAAGGCCCAGGCAAAUGCUCGAGCAGCAGUUCUGAAGGAACAGUUAGAGCGAAAGAGAAAAGAAGCUUAUGAAAGAGAGAAAAGAGCCUGGGAAGAACAUCUGAUUGCAAAGGGGGUCAAGAAUCCUAAUGUGCCUUUUCACGUGGAAGCUACAGAAGGUAGUCCUGUGAAUGGGCUACAAGAGCCUGGAGCAGCUCUUCCUAAGCCCCAGCUUCCAGUGAAGCCUGGUGCACCUGUCAUCUCCAUGACUUAUGCUUUGAAGGAAGUGGGUGUGGAUGAACAUGUAACUGCUGUCCAGGAAUCUGAGGAGGAAAUAAAAAAGCCAGAUUUUGCAAUGCAAAAUAAACGAGAAAUACUGAAAAGAUUAAAUCAAAAUCUCAAAGCUCAAGAAGAUGAAAAAGGAAAAAAGGAGUUUAAAAAUGUGCCUGAAUCAGCUGGGUCUGAAGAUGGUAAGGAACAACAAGAGGGUGACCAGCCACUUCUAGGAGAUCGCAAAAAAUGGGAAUCUGGGGCACCUGAGUUGAUAGUUCCUCUAGCUCAGUUACCGAUGGAAGAAUCUCUCUCUGGAACAGAGUGUCAAACUCUGGGGGAAGUAAUUAAGUUAGAUAUUGGUGAACCCCACAGGAAAGUCUGGGGCAAGAGCCCUACCGAUUCAGUCCUGAGGAUCCUAGGAGAAGCAGAGUUGCAGCUGCAAACCGACAUACUUGAGGAACAAGAUGUAAUAAAUGGUACUGCAGAACUUGCUGAAGAAGAUCAUCAGUCUUCAUCAGAGGAGAAGGAAGACAAGGCUUUCUCUGCUGUUGGAGCUCAGUCUUCAGUACCCAUUGGUGUCACAGAGUCUCUUGUGACUGUACCAGAAGAAUCUAAAAGAGCUGCACCUACCCAGGUGCAAAGCAAACCUAUUACCCUAAAUGAACCUGAUGAUUUGGAAGCAGAGAUGUUGGAAGAAAUGGAAGAUAAAAAGCACCAGAGUAAGGAGAGUAAAGAAUUUCCCAUCACUGUUAAUGAAGUGUGGGUAAAAGAGAAAGAGGAUACGGCCCAACGUGACAGAAUAAAUGAGGCAGCUUUGGAAAAACAAGCACUUGACAAGGUGCAAACACAAAAGGAAGCUCCAGAAGAAACUUGUUCCAGCAACUCUCAGCAAGCUGAACCCUUGUUCCAGAGGGUAAUACAGCCAACAGCUGUACCAACAGCCUCACCAGUUCUGUCAUCCCAGUCUUCACAGGAAGAGCCUUUUGUACCUCGUUCACGUUCCAUAUCACCAGCAAAAAAUAAAGGCAAAAGUUCAUUGUUGAUUGGACUUUCUACAGGACUUUUUGAUGCAAACGACCCAAAGAUGUUGAGAACAUGUUCACUCCCAGAUCUUUACAAACUGUACAGAACUUUAGUUGAUGUUCCCAGUGUAGCAGAUGUGCAGCAUCAACAUAAUCUUGAAAUAGAUGAUACGGAAGAUGAGCAAGCCAAAGAAGGACCCUCUGAUUCUGAGGAUAUUAUGUUUGGAGAGACAGAUACAGAUUUGCAGGAGCUCCGGGAUUCAAUGGAACAAUUGCUUAGGGAGCAGCCUAGUGAGGAAUUCAGCGAAGAAGAAGAGUCUACUUUAAAGGCUAAUGCCAUUGAAUGCAUAACAAAUGGUACUGAGCUGGAUGAAGGAGAUGAAAAUAACCCCAGCAGUGAAAGUGCACUUAAUGAAGAAUGGCAGUCAGAUAAUAGUGAUGGAGAGAUUGCCAGCGAAUGUGAAGAAUGUGAUAGUAUCUUCAGCCAUUUGGAAGAGUUGAGAUAUAACCUGGAGCAGGAAAUAGGCUUUGAUAAAUUAAUUGAAGUUUAUGAGAAAAUAAAGGCUAUACUUGAAGAUGAAGAUGAAAAUAUCGAUAUUUGUUCAACCAUAGUUCAGACUGUUCUUGGAAAUGAACACAAACAUCUGUAUGCCAAAAUACUUCACCUAGUAAUGGCAGAUGGAGCCUACCAAGAAGGUAAUGAUGAAUAAACCUGACUCAGGAAAUUCCUUAAUGCUGUACUACGUACCAGUGUCUGAAGUCUGCACAGCUGAAUAACAAAUUGUAGUGGAGUAACAUGGGGCAGGAGAGGCAAGACUUCAAAAAAGAAUGUUGACUGUAUGAAAAAGAGGAAGAACAUGCCUUUUAAAACUGAGAUAUCUAUGGAGUUCUCUUGUGUGUAUUUGCAUAUGUGUCCCUUAUAUACUAGGUGCCCAAAAUUAAUUAAAAAAAACCCAAACAACCAACAACCAAGAAAAUCAACAAAACC